GGGUGGUGCUUCGAGAGACUCCAAGCCGCACGCGUGGACGCGGGUCUUCUCCCUUCAGUAGCAACUGAAGGGCCCCAUUGAGGCACCUUCAGCACCACUACACCUCAUGAAUCUCGGGCACGCCUCUUCCCCGCCCGCCUUGGGUCUCACACCGAAAGCUCGCCGUGCGGAACAACUUCCGGCAGGAGCCAAACGAGCCUUCCUAACCUCUCCGGACCGAGUUUCCGCCUCCCGCAAAAGGACGCCGCUCUUAACGUCCCGGCUGGAGUUCCGCUUCCGGAAGCACCACAUAAGUCGCGGGAGGCAGCUUAAAUCCUGUCGUUUGCCUUUAGGACCACCUUGGUUUGCAAUGGUCCGUAGUGGAAAAAAUGGUGACCUGCAUCUUAAACAGAUUGCAUAUUAUAAACGAACUGGUGAAUAUCAUCCAACUACACUGCCAAGUGAAAGAAGUGGCAUAAGAAGAGCAGCAAAAAAAUUUAUCUUCAAAGAAAAAAAGCUGUUUUAUGUUGGAAAAGACAGAAAACAAAAUCGCUUGGUAAUCGUCUCAGAAGAGGAAAAAAAGAAAGUCCUAAGAGAAUGCCAUGAAAAUGACACUGGAGCUCAUCACGGCAUAUCCAGAACCCUCACUUUAGUAGAAACCAGUUACUAUUGGACUUCUGUGACCAAUGAUGUCAAACAGUGGGUAUAUGCUUGUCAGCAUUGUCAAGUGGCAAAAAAUACAGUUAUUCUAGCACCUAAACAGCACCUUCUCAAGGUAGAAAAUCCAUGGAGUAUAGUUACUGUUGAUCUGAUGGGACCUUUUCAUACAAGCAAGAGAAGUCAUGUGUAUGCUAUAAUCAUGACAGAUUUGUUCACAAAAUGGGUGAUGAUUUUACCUCUGUGUGAUGUUUCAGCAUCAGAAAUUUCCAAAGCUAUUAUCAAUGUAUUUUUCUUAUAUGGACCUCCUCAGAAAAUAAUAAUGGACCAGAGAGAUGAAUUCAUUCAACAGAUCAAUGUUGAAUUGUGUGGAUUGUUUGGCACAAAGCAAAUUGUGAUUUCUCACACCUCUGGAACUAUUAAUCCAAUUGAAAGUACAUCUAGCACAAUCAAAACAUUUCUUGCCAAGCACUGUGUGGAGCAUCCAGACACCUGGGACGAUCACCUGUUGGCUGUUUCAUUUGCCUUCAAUAUCACUCACUUGGAGCCUACUAAAAAUACACCAUAUUUUCAAAUGUUUAAUCGAAAUGCUUACCUGCCUGAGACAUCAGACUGCCUUAAUGAAGUGGAUGGUGACAAUACAAGUAUGUUUGCCAGAAUUCUUGCUGCAGUUAAAGAAGCUGAUAAAACAACGGAGGAUAAGACAACUUCAGUGGGCCAGAUGAAGAACAACAAUGUGGAUGAACUAAAUAAAAGCAAGAUCAUUGUUAAAAAGAAACCAAAGCAAUUAAAUCCUUUUCAUUUGAAAGUCGGUCAUGAAGUUUUGAGACAAAGGAAAAAUUGGUGGAAGGAUGGUCGUUUCCAGUCUGAAUGGGUUGGUCCUUGUGUCAUAGACUAUAUUACAGACAGUGGAUGUGCUGUUCUCAGAGACAACACUGGAGCUAGACUUAAAAGACCUAUCAAAAUGUCCCAUCUUAAGCCCUAUGUGAGAGAAUCCAGUGAACAAGACAGUCUUUAUCUCUUGCAAGGCUCAAUAGUGGCAGAUCAUGACUACAUUGGAUUGCCUGACCUUCCAGUUGGAGCAUACCAAGCAAAUAUUCUUGUAGAAGAUGCAACUAUUGGUGUAGUUGAUAAUGAAUUACUGACACCAAGCAAGGAUCGUGAACUCUUAGAAUAUAGAAGUGUCAAAAUCUCUCCAUUGAUGGAAGAUCAUGGUACUCUUGAAAAACAGACUUUCAGUCUAUUGGACUCUUCAAAUCAAGUCCUUGAGUACUUAAGUUAAUAAAUACUAGCAUUUAUUUAAAAUGUUUGUUUAGAAUGUAUGAAUCCCUUAAAUCUUGAUAUUUUAUGCAAUAAAAAAUAUUGUAUAGGAUAAAUGUUUUGACACUCUUUUAAUGACUAAAUCCUGAAGGUAUAUUUUCUAACUAUUUAUUUAUGUAAAUUUGUGCCACAUUUGACUAUCAGUAUACAUAUAAUGAAUAAAGACAAAGGAAGAAUACAAUAUAUAGAAAUGAGUUUUUCUUCUAAAAAGAGAACAGGCAAAGCACCUUUACUUCUAAGGAAAUAAAUCCCAGCUCAAAACUCAACUUUUUUCUGGUAUUGAUAUAUAACUAUUUUCAGUUUUUUUUUCUGGAAAAUCUUACCCUUUUAAAAAAUAAAUUUGAGCUACCUAGAAUGUAAUUAAAUAAGUACC